AUGUCGGGUUUGCUGCUUGAGACGAGGAAGGCCGAGGCCGACCACGCCGAGAUACAGCACAAGAUCGAUGAGCUUGUUUGCCAGUACGAUGCACAGGAGCAGCAGGCACUCGCAGAUGUGGACGAGGGGUCACGAGCAAUCGACGCACAGUUUGAGAAGCAGCUAGCAGGGAUCGCCGGGAUCGAGCCGUCGCUACGGCAGAGCAUGGAGGCAGUUCUGAAGAAGAAUCGGGAUCUGGAAAUCGCAGCGCUACGGCAAACGUUCCAGGAAAGGGCAAAGCAGCGAAGGAAACAUUACGACGAGCAGAGGCAAAGAUACGACACAGAACUCUUCACGGCUAUUACGGCCUUGAUAACUGCCGGGCCCGAUCUGAGCCCAAGUCAUCGGCCGGCAUUUCCGGUCGGGCCGUCAGAUGCCUUUCAAACAACAGUUCCGGCGGCUGUUAUCUCUCGUCAAUCCACUUCCACUGAAACUUCUCCCGCGCCACCGACUGCAGCCGAGGUUCCAUCGCUGCCCCAGCGAACCCCCUUGCCUACCCCAACCCCGACGGAGGCGGAUAGGCAGCAGAUCCCGUUUCAAACCACCACCGCUUAUGAUGCACAGGCGAGAUCAUCGCAGAAUCACGGUGGCCACAGCCAAGAAACGCCAACCCCGUCGGCUUACCCCCGCCCCACAGUUCGGGACCAUCCAGACCAAGAGCACCCAUCUGCCCUCCGAUCACCAGCGGGUCCGGCCUCGAUCCCAGGACAGGAUAACCUCACCGAACAGCCCGCCGUCUCCGCAUCCCCAAGCCCCAAGUUCGACCAUGACCUGAAACGGAAAACCAAUGGUGAGCCAACCUACGACUCACCCGCGCAGUCGAGUCGCGCGAAGCGCGUGAAACUGGAGAGCGCCAGCGAGGCCACCAAGCCAAGCACUGGUCAGCCCCCACUGGCCGGUGACGAGGAGGAUGAAAGGAGCGAAAGGACCAUCACGUUCGCCCAGGUCUACGGCACACCCGAGAAGCCGGCUUCAUAUAAGCAUGUCAUAGUUCAGUAUCCCCCGACGACCGGUGAUUUCUACAUCCUGAGGUGUGAUGAACAUGGAGUGCAUUUCGGUGAGCAUCCCCUUCGCGGCGCGGCGAAACAUUUAGCGAGCGCGCAGCAUGGUUUCAUGUCGAAAGCGCAUGCGACCGCCAUCGAGACGCUGGGACACCGGGUCGUCGAUUGCACGAAGGAGCGAGCGAACCAGAACAAUCAAGUAGUGCUGAAGGCUUUCAAAGAUGGGUACAAGGCUUUCAACGCGAACAAUCUUAGUCAGACGCGGCGCGCUGAGAUGGGAUACCCUCCUCUCGACCCCCUGAAUUCCCAGAAAGCUGCGCUGCACCGCAAACGCAUGGCCGGCAUCAUCAACCCCCUCCCCUGCCAGUUCUAUGUUACGAGUGGCGGGGACUUGAAGUGCCCCGUCAUGAUUCUGCCGUGGGACGACAUUACGCCAGCCGGCCUGAUGGGCAAGCUGGCGGACACGGGCAUUUUCCGGGAGACCUCGGAAGACGGGCGGCCGCUCGGCGUGCCCAAACCACCCAAGUGCUACGUGUAUCGCGAGGAAGGCGGUCGUAUCACGGGUAUCAAGAGCUGGGCGAAGGGUUAUGAGGACGGUGGGCCGCUGGAGAGGAAACGGGAAUUCCCCGUUUUGUGUGCUGAGAGCGCCGAUUGCCGUAUGUGGUGUGUUGGGUGGGUGGCGUCAGCCCAUUUGUCGAAUCUCGACUUCGAGGACCCGAGUUCGCGAGAUAUUCCCUUUGUCCGAGAGGCUCGGAACUAUUACGUCACCCGGGUUUUGCGCCAGCCGGUCACCGCUGCGCCGCAACGACCCCGUAUCCCGCCCAUCAACACCACGGCAGAGGACAUCGAGAUGAAGGACGCAGGGGACAUGCACGGCGAUUCCGACCGGGAUUCCGUCAGCAGGGGCGUUUCGGCACAUUGCAGCUCAACGCUUGGUUUGCAAGGGCCGCUGCGCAGCGGAUUCACCGCUAUCAAUGCUGGCGGUAGUGCUGAUAGCACCGCUUCACGGAGUGCCCGUGCGAGUCCCGAGCCGCCGUCAAGGGCCGGUUCGGUGUCGAGCACAGGAGGGGGCCACAAGCGGGUGUUCAAGAUUCAUGCCCGCAGCAGCAACCGACACCCCACCAGUCAGGCCCACACCUCGCCUUCCAUGGUAUUGCCCGAGCGGCCGGCUGACCCCAACAUGCCCCCAAACAGCGGCCCAACACAAGCCCCUGACGACGUGAGGAAGCCCAGCCCGGCCAGCCUGCAGAAUAUUCUGCAGGACUUCCCAGGCCCCACCGUUAUGGCGCCUCGCCCGAACUCCCAAUCGCCUAGGCCGGCCAAUGCGCGAAGACCGCUGCCCUCAGGCCCUAUGCGGAGCGGUUCCCCUUCACGAUCAGCAUUGUUAUCGGGCGUCACCGCGAAGCUUGCUCAGCCAUUGAGGGACAACAGGGCCGGAUCCGCACCGGUACAGCUACCCCAGUACAAGGAUCCAGUGGCGGAGGAGAUCCGGUUGUCGGCAGCUCCCGGCCCGAAUAGACAUGUCACGAUAGCACCAGCGCCUCUACCAGUAUCAGCGCCAUCAUCAACACCAGCACCGACAUUAGCGCCAUCACCAUCACCAACACCAGCACAAGUACCAUCACCAACAGCGGCAUCCGAACCGAGCCAGCGACGGGACCAAAUCCCGCCCCCGAUCCAACUACCACCUCCCCAAGCGACUUUCCCAUCCAUGCUCCACCUCAACACCACCCCUCUCGCGACCCCGACCACCAGCGCCAGCAACACCCGGGCUAAUUCCCCGGCCCUCGGCCACCACAGCAACAACAACAAAACCGGCUCACCCAACCCCAACAACAACUUCUCCAAGCCCGAAACCCCCACCCUCACCCCAACCCUCGCCCAGACCCCCACCGGCAGCAGCAGCGGCGGCGGCUUCCUCCCGACCAUGGACGUCUUCGACCUCGCGGGCUUCAUGGACGGCGACACGGAGCUGUUCCGCUCCGCCCACGCCGGCCAGUACCUGCGCCUGAUCGACGACCACCAGAGCGGCCUGCUGACCACGCCGUCGGACGCGUCCGUGGCGGUCCGCAUCGAUCCGCGCAGGGUGAGGAGCGUGGAGCGGGUGUCGGUGCAGGGGGGCGCGGUUUGUGUGGUCACGGUGGUGUAUCAGGCGGAGGGUGAGGUUGGUGGUGCUGGUGGUGGGGUGGGGAAGACGCAGACGCUGGUGUUGGAGAAGGCGCGCUCGACGGCGAGGGGGAUGGAGAAUGGCGCGUUGCAUGCCAGGAGGCUGUGUAAGCGGUUGAGCUCGUGGAAUAAUGCGGUGGAGUGUCCGACGCCGGGGUUCUCAUUGGACUCGGUCAAGUGGCGAUUCACCAGCCAGACGCCCACGCCGUUGUCGGCUGGGCCUAGGGCUGGGGAGGAGUUGAAGUGA